AUGGGCGGCGCGGUGGAUCUCAGGAUCAAGCUUCCGACGGACGGCGACGACGUCGGGGUCGUGCGGGCGUCGACGUUCGCCAGGGCGCGCGCUUUGGGCUACCGCGCGGUGGCGAUCGAUGGAAGCGUGGACGCGUCGAAAGGCGAGCGGUGUCGCGCGCUGCUCGAGCGCGUCACGGCGAACGCGAGCGCGUGUAAGAAGGACGCGGGCGAUGGUUUGGAAAUCGUGACGCGGUGCACGAUCGCAUUUGCCGAGCCCGGGGAGCUGCAAGGGGUCCUGGGAAGGUGCUCGAGAGAGGUGGGGGGAUUCGACGUGUUGGCGCUCGAGCCGACGAGCGAGCGGGCGUUUGCGAGCGCGUGCGCGAAUAAACACGCGGAUGUGAUCGCGAUCAGGGCGAACGUGCGAUUGCCGUACAAAUUAAGUGCCGCAAACGUUCGCGCGGCGAUCGAAAAUAAGAUUUCGUUCGAGCUAUGUUACGGAGACGCGCUGAGGGACUCGACGUCUAGAAUGUGGUUCUUCUGUAACGCGAGCGCGCUCGCGCGAGCGACGCGUGGCGGUCGAGAUCGUGUCGUGUUGUCCUCAGGAGCGACGCGAGGGAUAGAGUUACGCUCGAUGCACGACGUGGUCAACUUGGCGACAUUCGCUGGGAUGACGGAGAGCGCGGCGCGCGCGGCGCUGACGACAAGCGCUCGAUCCGUGCUCUCGCUUCGCGCGCGCAGAAGAGACGCCGAAGCUACCGAGAGCGAAGUCGUCGAUCGAAUGGACGCGUCGUGA